AUGUAUCCAGGACAGUUUAAUCUGCAUAUUACAGACAAAAAUGCACUAAUAAAUAGACCUUAAAAUGCUCUUUAUAAUUAACCUUAUAUUUUGAAACUUAGAAACCAGCCAAUCUUAUUAGAUUAAAUCUAACAAGGAAAAGACGUGUUAACUGACAGUUAUCUCUCAUAAAGUAGUGAGUAAAAAUAUAAUUAAGUCUAGACAAUCUUAACACUAACUCAUGAAAGAAUUCAAGUUUAAAGCAGCGUACUGAAUUUUUAAGUCAAAAAAUUAACGAAUAAUCAAAAGAAUUAUCUAAGCUCUGGAAAUUGUGUUAAAAUCAUUUGCUGCCUCCAGUUGCUAAAUCAAAAUAAAAUGUAUCAACAGGCUCAGAAUUUUAAGAUUCUCAAUUUCGAAACGGAAUUGAAACAAGAAGAGUCGAAUCAUAUGAAUAUUAGUAUUCUCCUAAAUAUGACAAUUAAUCUGACUCUAUUUCUUAUAGGCAGACUACUAGAAAAUACUAGAAGCAAAGAAUUCAAAUUCCAUAGAAUUGUAAAAUUAAUCAGAAAAAUUUUCAUACUUACAUAUACCUGUGAACUACAAAAAACCCACAUUCUAAGAAAAUAAACUUCAACUUAGAAAACAAAGAUAUAAAAUAAACAUUUCUCGCUUAAAACUUAUAUUAGAUGGACGAAAAAUUAUAGGCAAAAAAGAAAUCAAAAAAUCUAAGAAUUGAAAUAAAUUCGUUAGAAGUAUACAAAAUGUCUUUAAACUAUAGGCAAUUAAAACGUACUUAUUUGCAAAUUAAUAAUUAAAAAAUGGGUAUCUCAAAUUAUAGAUCCACUAAUUAAAUCAUUUUCGACAAAUUAAUUUAUUUAAUAAUCGAAUGAAAAUUCCAUUAAUCCAAAUAGUGACAGUUCUAUUUAAAAUAGAUAACAUUAAUUCGUUUUAUUAACAAUUUAAAUUUUAAAAAAUAUGGAAAAAUUUACAGAAAAGGAUAAAAUUCCAGAAUUAAUUUAAACUUCUUUAUUUUUAUCAUUAUUUAAAAGCUAAAACAAUAAAGCUCCUGUAUUUGUAGCUAAAAGGACUAAGUUUUAUACAAAAAGUUCUGUUAAAAUUGGAAAUUAUUAAGAAAAAUUGAUCAUAGGUGAAUAUUUCAUUUUCAGAUUGCUGCUAUAGCAUUUGAUUGAAAGCUCAAAUCAUAUGGUUUAUCAAAAUAUAAAUCACAAGAUGCUUUGUAAGUUUAUGAUUCUCUCUAUUUUGGGGAUUUUAUAAAUUUUAUUUUAAGAUUACUUUUCUGAAUUAAAAUAAUAUGAUGAAAGUUCGACUGAACUAUUUUAGAGAAGAAUAAAAAUAAGCAAAUAGUAGGACAUCUCAAUCAUAACUGAUGACAAUAUUGAUCUAUAGUAAUCCCUUAUCUACGGGCUUCAUGAUAGAUAAAAUUUUCAAAACAUUAUAGAAAAACAUUAGGAAUGGCUUUAAGAUAUUUGUACAAGGUUUUCAAAAAUUUUACAAAAUUUACAUUCCAUCUUAUGA